CCACAAUUGUAGUUACUGGAGUGUUCGUACCGUGUCGUUCUGUCGAAAUUCCAAACUGUAAAUCACUGUAAAUGCCUACAAUACAUAAAGCGUAAAAGUUUUUUUACUUAAAUUAAUGCUCAGUAUUAUGCAAUAAAGUUCUACUCCCGUUUUAUGCUUUAAAUUAUUGUGAAUAUAAUAUCAGUAUUUGUGUCAUAGCGUAAUUCAUUUAUGCGUAGUCGUAGUAUUUUGUUUAUGUUAAACUAACCUUCUUGCUUCAUAAAAAGCAAAGUAUGGAUAUUCCAACUCCUUCGAAUAUAAAUCAUGGGUUUUCUCACGGUAAUGAUGGAUUUUUAAAUAUACCGAUUGAAUCGACAAGUUUGGAUUCAUUGUCUACAAAGCGUAGAAGUUCUUCACGUACAAUAAAACGCAGAAAGUUUGAUGAUGAGCUUGUUGAAACAACAUUCAACUUACAACCACCUGCUACGAGUGCAAAGUCUGCCUCCAGGUCUAGAACUGUUUCAAUUUCUACUGCUCCAAUGGAAUGUCUUCCACAACAAAAUGUACCAAGUCCCAUUCCAAUUUCUGCAAAUGUAUCUCAUCCAGAUAGAUGCAAUCGACGAACAAGUAGACCAGGGGGUUCAAAUGCUCCUGGCAGAAAAAACAAAAAGAAUAAAAACCACUCACAUUCUGUAAAUGCUACGAAAGAUUUGGGAAGAUGGAAACCUACAGAUGAUUUAGCAUUAAUUACUGGCGUACAGCAGACAAAUGAUUUGAGAAUGGUUCACAGAGGUACAAAAUUUUCAUGUCGGUUCACAUUGCAAGAAAUACAGCAGAGGUGGUAUGCUCUAUUAUAUGAUAGUGCAGUUUCAAGAGUGGCAGUACAAGCCAUGCGUAAUUUACAUCCAGAAUUAAUUGCUAGUGUACAAGCAAGAACUUUAUACAGUAAAGCAGAAGAAGAUCUUCUUGGUACUGUAAAAUCGACUUCUCAACCAACAUUAGAAGUCUUUCAGGAACUGCUUGAAGCAAAUGCACACACAUUUUACUCAGCAAGAACUGCUAAAGCUUUAUUAGCUCAUUGGCAGUUAAUGAAACAGUAUCACCUUCUUCCUGAUCAAACUGCACAAAGUUUACCCCGUGGUGAACAUGUUCUUAAUUUUUCUGAUGCGGAAGAAAUGAUCAAUGACACAGAGUUACUGGAACAGAAGGAUGAGUUUGUGGAUGCGGAACUGGUUGCAGCUGAUAGAAGAAAUAAAAGAGAAAUAAGAGUGUUAGAAAACGAACUAAGUAGGUGGCAGGUUUUAGUUGACAGUGUAACAGGAGUAAAUCCACCAGAUUUUGAUAAUCAAACUUUAGCAAUACUUAGAGGAAGACUUGUUAGAUAUUUAAUGAGGUCACGAGAGAUUACUGUAGGUCGUUCAGCAAAAGACCACAAUGUAGACGUAGAUUUGACAUUGGAAGGACCUGCCUGGAAAGUUUCUCGUAGACAAGGAACAAUUCGUUUAAGAAAUAACGGAGACUUCUUUCUUUCUUCAGAAGGAAAGCGACCUAUUUUUGUGGACAGUAGGCCUAUACUUGCUGGAAAUAAAAUGAAACUUAAUAAUAAUAGUGUAAUAGAGAUUGCAGGUCUCAGGUUUAUAUUUUUAAUAAAUCAAGAACUUAUUUCUGUCAUACGUCAGGAAGCAGUGAAACUAAAUUUGAAGCCGUGAAUAUUCUAAUUUAAUUUUUUAACCUGUUAACCAGGAAAAAUGAAUUAACUCGUUAUUCGCAUUCGUUGUCGCUUUUCAACAUUUUCAUUUUCUUCGUAAUUCAAGCAAUAAUUCUUUCAUGUUGCACCUUCAUAGAAGUCGCAAUU